CGUUGUUUUAGAUCAAAUAGCAAUAGGAAGUUGGUUUUUUGGGACGAAAGUUUUGAACGUUGUUGUUCAUGAAUUAAGAUUUUGACUACGGUUUUAAUGGCGUAUUUAUCUGAGCCAUCAUCUUCUUUGAGCUUCAGUUCAUCUUCUCAUCUAUCAAAUGGCUCAAUUACUCACAAUAUACCCUCCUUUACUGUUCCUGAAACUGGGGCUAGCCUUGAAGUUUUAAGUUUGACCAAGCUCAGCACCAGCUUGGAGCAACUUGUUGAUGACAACGGUCCUGAUUUUAGUGAUGCUGAUAUAGUUGUUGAAGAUGUUCCUGUUGGUGUUCAUAGAUGUAUUUUAGCUGUUAGGAGUAAGUUUUUUAAUGAGUUAUUCAAGAAAGGAAAUGGGUCUUGUGAGAAAGAAGGAAAACCAAGUUAUAACAUGAGUGAGUUGUUGCCUUAUGGCAAGAUUGGACUUGAAGCUUUUCGGAUCGUCUUGCAUUAUUUGUACACUGGGAAGCUGAAGCCUUCUCCUAUGGAGGUUUCUACAUGUAUUGAUAAUGUUUGUGCUCAUGAUGCUUGUCGACCCGCCAUCAAUUUUGCUGUGGAGUUGAUGUAUGCAUCAUCGAUAUUUCAAAUACCGGAGCUGGUUUCACUUUUUCAGCGACGUCUUCUUAAUUUUGUUGAGAAGGCUCUUGUAGAAGAUAUUAUCGCAAUUCUUGUGGUUGCUUUCCAUUGUCAAUGCAGUCAGCUUGUUUCUCAAUGUGUUGAUAGAGUGGCACGGUCAGAUCUUGAUAGCGUCUCUAUUGAGAAAGAGCUUCCUUAUGAAGUUGCGGAGAGUAUUCGGUUGCUUCGCCGCAAGUCUCCACCUGAUGGUGAAGAUAAUGAUGCUGUGGUUGACCCUUUGCCAGAAAAAAGAAUCCAGAGAAUACAUAAAGCAUUAGACUCUGACGAUGUUGAACUUGUUAAACUACUUUUAACUGAGUCUGACAUAACUUUGGAUGAUGCUGCUGCCCUCCAUUAUGCUGCAGCAUAUUGUGAUCCCAAGGUUGUCUCUGAGGUUCUUGGCCUGCGUCUGGCUGAUGUCAAUCUGCGAAAUUCUCGUGGUUACACCGUUCUUCACAUCGCUGCAAUGCGUAAAGAACCAUCAGUGAUAAUGUCUCUUCUGGCAAAAGGGGCCUCUGCUUCAGAGUUGACAGUGGAUGGACGAAGUGCAGUUAACAUCUGCCGGAGGUUGACAAGACCAAAGGAUUAUCAUGCAAAAACAGAGCAGGGAAAGGAAACAAAUAAAGACAGGAUAUGCGUUGAUGUUCUAGAAAGGGAAAUGAGGAGGAAUCCUAUGGCUGGGGAUGUGUCUGUUACUUCCCAUACAUUGGCUGAUGAUCUGCACAUGAGACUUCUGUAUCUAGAGAACAGAGUGGCUUUUGCAAGGCUACUUUUCCCUAGUGAAGCAAAACUUGCUAUGGACAUAGCACAUGCUGAGACAACCUCUGAGUUUGCUGGUCUUUGUGCAUCAAAAGGUUCAAAUGGAAACUUAAGGCAGGUUGACUUGAAUGAGACACCCGUUAUGCAGAAGAAAAGACUUCUUGCAAGGAUGGAGGCCCUCAUGAAAACAGUGGAGAUGGGUCGGCGCUAUUUCCCUCAUUGCUCAGAAGUGCUAGAUAAGUUCAUGGAGGAUGACCUUCCUGAUUUAUUUUACCUGGAGAAGGGCUCCUCAGAGGAGCAGAAAAUAAAGAGAUCACGUUUCAGGGAGUUGAAGGAUGAUGUUCAGAAGGCAUUUAAUAAGGACAAGGCUGAGUUUAACCGCUGUGGUUUGUCUUCAUCCUCAUCCUCAUCAUCUUUAAAAGAUGGUGGCCCUUACAAGCUCAGAAAAUUGUGAAGAAAUGUAGGUUGUCUACAAUAAUGAUGAUGGUCACGAGCUAAAAGCUUUGGAGUUUAGACAAAGGUUUAUCGUGAGAGAAACCAAGCGUUUGCUGCUGCUUCUGUGUAUAAAUGUUUGGCCAGGAAAACUUGUUCUGUAAUUUAGCCUUUGGUGAUAAAGUUAGCAGAAGUUACAUACCGUUAUAAAGUCUAUAGGAAUGUCAUGUUCUUUAGUGACUCAGAGAACUCUGAUAAAAGAGUUCUUAAGCUGAUUUGUUCACCUUUCAAUUUUUGCUUUCAUUUUUGGAUCGAUAGGUUGGUCUGGUAGUGUUAGAGAAUGACGAUGAUAAUGAAAACGGUGUUAUAUAAAGUUAUCCUACCUUGUA